AUGAGCCGCCUCUUCCUCCAAAGCGCGUUUUCACAGGCUUGGAGCGCGUCUGCGCGCGACGAUGUCUAUGACUAUCUUCAACGUUUUGGAACCAUCGUGGAACUCAAAAUCAUUGCGAACCGAUCGUUCAGCUAUGGCUUCGCGCAGUUUGAGUCGGUAGACGAUGCCAACUGUGUGCUCGAGACGUUUAGAGGGCGUCUUUUCUUGGGUCACCCUCUCCUCACAGACACCACCAUCGAGCCUGCUCGUCCACUACGCAAAGACAUGAAAACUGAAGAGCGCCUUGCAUAUAGUACCCCCAGUCGACGAGGGAGAGUUCUCGAGCGUUUUCCAGUCAUAGUCGAAAACUUGGCCCCGCAUAUCCGCUGGCAGGAAUUGAAGGACUUUGCGCGCCUGGAAAACGGCCUCGUGGCAUAUUGUGAUGUAGAACGUGGUAACACUGGCCGUGGGUUUAUCGAGUACCACACCUCCAAAGACGCAGAGACUGCGUUGAGACUGCUUGACGGGAGAAAGCUUGGUGGCCGCUCCGUUCGAUUGUCUGCACCCUCUUUCAGGUCGCGUCGCUCAAGCAGAUCUCGCUCACCACGCCGCCCUCGUGACCGUGCCAUGACAUCUCGUUAUUCUCCCCUCCACCGUCGUCCGUCUUCUGACAGCCAGUCAUCGGCAUCUGCCAGUGACAACAACAACAACGCUGCAACUCCCGUGUUUCCCUUGCUUUCCCGAGCUAUGGCAUAUCAUGAUUCUGUAGAAACGACAAACCAAACAGAGUCGAUCUGGGAUCGCGACUACAACUGCGAUCCAUACUAUCUUUACGCCCAAUACGACCAAAAACUCCAUCAGUGCUAUUAG